UUAACUAUUGUUGAGAAGAUUAAGUUCUGGCCGAUUGCUGUGAAGACAUCCUCGUAGAAUUAGAAUUUCAACUAUCACGAUUCACUGAAAAGUGAAGAUAUUGCUGAUGUGAUACUUAAUCUAACAAGUUGGGAACUUACCAUCCUGAAAUGAUCGUGGGUUAAUAGUUUCUAAGCUAUUACAACUAGAACGAGCCCGCUGCAAGAUAAUCGUUUUACGGCACAUUGAGGAGCCGACUAUUCUGUGUAACAGUAAUUGAAUAGUAUGCCUAUGACGAGCGCCAUCGUGCUUAGACAAACAUAUUGUACGUUGCGUAUAUAUACAAUACGUUUACGUUGACGCUAAGCAAUUAGAUGCGGGUACGUGCUUAAAAUGAUUACGUUCCUCAAUUCACGAUGACACAGCGUCCUUCAGAAGCUUUCAGAGUGUUGUUUGCGUAUUGGAUUUGCUGGUUUGGGCGAACAAUGACAGCACCUUCGACCGUCGAGUUAGCGGACCCCGAAAACAUUCCUAUUCCACCGAUAUUCCGUUUCGUUGGUGACCAAGUUCGCUGUGCCUCGUCCGUGUGUCUUGUCAGACAUGAAGCGACAUGCCACACUAAAGGCCAAUCGAAUUCUGGCAGGAUCGUGGCGCGUUGUGAAUCAAAGUAUGUACCAAAAGGGUAUUCUUUCGAUCGCAUGGAUAUUCAAUGCAAGGGAAAUGAUACUCAUAUCAUAGUUGAUUCAUGCUAUUUUGAGUAUACGUUAGUUCAAAAAGGACCUUCGCAACCCGUGCCUCCUCGUCCGAGGCCGAACGACCGCCGCCAAGACGAUAGUACAAUUAUGAUCAUAGUAACGGUGUUUACGAUAGGACUACUUGUCUUGGUUUUCAUAGCCUGCGUUGCCUCUUGGAUUCCGAACGCCCGACCGCCAAUUGCACCUGCAGUUCCCAUAUACUCUGCUGGUAGUCCACGCUAUUACGGAUCUUCUUGUCAUAGAUAUGAAUACCCCCAGCCUUACUAUCACUACGAAAGUCCCCAUAGUCGAGUGGGCGACGUAGCAGCGGGUGCGGCCGUUGGUGGACUCGGGGGUUUGGCGCUCGGGUACGCUUUGGCAAAUGGUAGGCGCUCAACUCGAUGCCAGGAUCGACACGAAGAGAGAUCACCAUCACCGCCGUCGGACCACGAGCCUCCGUUUCACAGAGACAGCGGCUUCGCUGACAUUCAUAUCACCUAGUAAUAAUGAGUCGAGCUUAGUUUUAUGCUUAAUUGGACAUUAUUUUGCUAGGGUUAGUUAUUUGCAACCCUGUGAGGGGCUAUGCGAUCGAAAAAGUUGUCCUCGAGUGUCGUCAGCACGGUGCGCCGAGAUGUCGCGUGGUAGAUUUGUGGAUCACAGCUAAGAUGUUGAUGCUGCCGACGUCACGAGAUUUUAAACCGCGUUAAAUCGACUCAUAACAGUACGGAUCUAACGCCUUAGAAGGUGACCCUUGGAGGAAACUAGCAAAACGGCAAG